AUGAUGAUGGCUGAUAAAAGCCACGCGGGAUUGUUAUCUUCACGUGCAAGUUAUCCUGACGGAACGAGAACGGGAAGAAAGAGAACGGGGAGAAAAAGAACAGGAAGAAAGAGAACGGGAAGAAAGAGAACGGGAAGAAAAAGAACGGGGAGAAAGAGAACGGGAAGAAAGAGAACAGGAAGAAAGAGAACAGGAAGAAAGAGACCGGGAAGAAAGAGAACAGGAAGAAAGAGAACAGGAAGAAAGAGACCGGGAAGAAAGAGAACGGGAAGAAAGAGAACGGGAAGAAAGAGAACAGGAAGAAAGAGAACAGGAAGAAAGAGAACGGGAAGAAAGAGAACAGGAAGAAAGAGACCGGGAAGAAAGAGACCGGGAAGAAAGAGAACGGGAAGAAAGAGACCGGGAAGAAAGAGAACAGGAAGAAAGAGAACAGGAAGAAAGACACCGGGAAGAAAGAGAACGGGAAGAAAGAGAACGAGAAGAAAGAGAACAGGAAGAAAGAGACCGGGAAGAAAGAGAACAGGAAGAAAGAGACCGGGAAGAAAGAGAACAGGAAGAAAGAGACCGGGAAGAAAGAGAACGGGAAGAAAGAGACCGGGAAGAAAGAGAACGGGAAGAAAGAACGGGAAGGAAGAGAACGGGAAGAAGAAAGAGAACGGGGAGAAGAAAGAGAACGGGAAGAAGAAAGAACAGGAAGAAAGAGAACGGGAAGAAGAAACAGACCGGGAAGAAAAAGAACGGGGAGAAAGAGAACGGGAAGAAAGAGAACAGGAAGAAAGAGACCGGGAAGAAAGAGAACGGGAAGAAAGAGACCAGGAAGAAAGAGAACGGGAAGAAAGAGACCGGGAAGAAAGAGAACGGGAAGAAAGAACGGGAAGGAAGAGAACGGGAAGAAGAAAGAGAACGGGGAGAAGAAAGAGAACGGGAAGAAGAAAGAACAGGAAGAAAGAGAACGGGAAGAAGAAAGAGAACGGGAAGAGAAAGAACGGGGAGAAAGAGAUCGGGAAGAAGAAAGAACAGGAAGAAAGAGACCGGGAAGAAAGAGAACGGGAAGAAAGAGACCAGGAAGAAAGAGAACGGGAAGAAAGAGAACAGGAAGAAAGAGACCGGGAAGAAAGAGAACGGGAAGAAAGAGACCAGGAAGAAAGAGAACGGGAAGAAAGAGACCGGGAAGAAAGAGAACGGGAAGAAAGAACGGGAAGGAAGAGAACGGGAAGAAGAAAGAGAACGGGGAGAAGAAAGAGAACGGGAAGAAGAAAGAACAGGAAGAAAGAGAACGGGAAGAAGAAAGAGAACGGGAAGAGAAAGAACGGGAAGCUGAAAGCUGCACGAGGGAAUGUGUUCAUGGCAGAAUAUGCCGUUUUAAUAUUUUGGUUUUUAAAAUAUCUCCCAAGCCCUGAUGACAAUUAGCCUUUGUUCAUCUUUCUUACUUGGAUUUGCAAU